UUCUACGUUACCGUUAUGUUGACGUGUAGAUCACUCACUAUACUACUAGCUAACGUUACUGUACUUUGCGCAACAUGGUUUAGCUAGUAGCUAUAAAUAUAGCCAUAGAGUUGAAGAUUAUCGCUCAUGCAAAGCUGUAGUUGAAUAGUUUUGGAAGCCAACAAAUACGAUGGCAGCCGCCUGGGAAGAAAUCAGACGUCUGGCAGCGGAUUUCCAGAGAGCACAGUUUGCUGACACAGUGCAGAGGUUGUCGGAGAGGAACUGCAUUGAAAUCGUUGCCAAGCUGGUUGAAGAGAAGAAGUUGGAUGUGGUACACACACUUGAUGGCAAGGAGUACAUCACCCCGUCCCAAAUCAGUAGGGAGAUACGGGACGAGCUCUACGUCCAUGGAGGUCGUGUCAACAUUGUGGACCUACAGAAGAUUAUCAACGUUGAUUGGGUCCAUGUUGAGGCCAGAGCAAAUGACAUAGCAAGAUCUGAUAAAAGCGUUCAACUGGUGCUGGGGCAGCUUAUCGAUGAAAACUACCUGAAUCGAGUUUCUGAGGAGGUGAAUGAUAAACUACAAGAGGCAGGCUUGGUGAACAUCCCAGAACUAUGUAAAAACUAUGACCUUCCAGGGGACUUCCUGACUGAGGAGCUGUCGAAGCGCCUUGGGAAAGUCAUCCAAGGCCAGAUGGAUGAGUACAACAGGGGAGUCUUAUUCACCCCUGCAUUUGUCUCUCGCCACAGAGCUCGCAUCCGUGGGCUUUUCAGUGCAGUGACUUGGCCAACACCAGUCGGUAACGUGAUUGGCAUUUAUGGUUUUCAGGAACAUCUUCUCUACUCUGUUUUGGAGGAGCUGGUGAAUACUGGCCGUCUGAAAGGCACUGUGGUGGGGGGCCGGCAGGACAAAGCUGUCUACAUCCCUGACAUCUACUCCAAAACACAGAAUGCCUGGGUGGACUCAUUCCUCAAGCAGAACGGCUACUUAGAGUUUGAUUCCUUGAUCAGACUUGGCAUCCCUGACCCAGUGAGCUACAUCAAGAAGCGUUUCAAGUCCAGCAAGCUGCUGUUCCUUAGGGCAGCCUGUGUAGGCCAGGCCCUGGUAGACCAGGUGGAGGCUUCUGUGGAGGAGGCUGUCAACUCUGCCACAUGGUCCGAUGUACAGCCCAUUCUGCCCAGCUGUCUGUCCAUGGAAGACGUUGGCAUCAUAAUCAACGAGGCCAUGAGAACGACCAACGUGCAGUCGACUGCCAGGGUCCUGGGAGACACCGUGGUGGUCAGCGAGAAGUUCAUCAGCAACUGUCUCUGUCUUUUUGAGGAGACCAUGCAGCAUAAAGCUCAGAAGGAAGCCAAGAACAACCCUGUUUUCCUGAUAACUGAAGACGAUCUCAAGCAAGGCGCUAUGAUGACAGAAAAUACAGCCCCCUCCAAAAAGGAGAAGAGGGAGGCAGAGAGGAGGAGAAGGACUACAGAGGGCAGCGGCAGUAAAGGAGGUGGUGGAGGAUGCAACGCCAGAGAGGUCAGGAUACGCAAAACCAAGAGGAAGGGCAAGAGGGACGAUGACAGUGACGAGGAGACAGCAGUCACCCCACAAAAUCGUAACAAACAGACUGAAGUCCCCUUCAUGGGCCUGGAGGAGAUCACCGCUGUUCUAGAAGAGAGAGUGUGUGACUGCCCCGAAGAAAUCCUCUCUGAGUUGGCGGAGCAUUUAGUAAGGCCAUUGACUAAGACCUACCAGGAGGUGGUUCGGACUGUGUUCAUGUCCUCCACUAGCUCCACGACCGGUGUGACCAAGAAGAGAAGUGUGAAGGACUUCCAGGAGGAGCUCUCCAACCUGUACAACAACAUCAGGCUCUUUGAGAAAGGGACCAAGCUCUUCUCUGAUGAGACCCAGGUCCACAUUGCCAAGUACGUCCUGAAGACGGUGUGCACGGACAUCACCAAUAUCCUGGUGAAUUUCAUGGCAGCUGAACUCAUGAUGUCAGCAGAGAAUCCCAGCUCUAUCACCAACGAGGUCAGAGUGAAGAUGUUAGGAAUGUUUCCAGAGGAAACCAAAGGGCCUCUUAUGAAAGUGCACAACAGUCUGAAUGGAAAAACGAUUGAAGAUUUUUUAACCAAUAUAGAAACAGCAGUUGAGGUGUGUGGAUUCAUGCUGAAGAAAGGAGACAAGAAAAGAGAAAGACAGGCCCUGUUCCUGCACCGGCAGGCUCUGAUAGAGCAGCUGAAGGAGACGGAGGACCCAGCCUUGAUUCUCCACCUGACCAGUGUGCUGCUCUUCCAGGCCAGCACCCACUGCAUGCUGCACGCCCCCGGACGCUGUGUCCCCCAGAUCAUAGGGACUCUGGUGGGCCGCGUCUCUGAGGAGCAGCACAGGCUGCUGACGGGCUACCAGGGUCUGGUGGUUAAGCAGCUGGUGAGCCAGAGCCAGGGGAAAAAGCAGGAGCAGGGGGAGGGAGAGAACCCAGAGGAGGGGGACGAGGCAGAGGCCAUCCGGAAGGAGCUGGUCUCCCUGACCAGCGAAGUAAAGGAUCUGGUCCUCUCUCAGAAGAAGACGUCUGGGACUGAAGAGUGAAUGGGCUUGUGCCACAUCGACUGCAUUGCAGUUGGAAACUGCCAGCUGACUGAUCUACAAAUCACCUAACUACUCAUUAUUAUUUGUAGAUCAGUCAGUUAGUACUGAUUUACCCACAAUGCAUCGCAGAUUUAAUGCUCUCCAAAGCGGCCAAUGAAUGUCCAGAAAUCUAGAAAUAAAUUCAUAAUUAAAUACUGUAGAUCAGCUGCCCCAAACACAAUUGUCUUACAAAGUGCUUUCUCAACAGUCUUACCCAUUUAGACUAAGAAAUAUCUGAUACCCACCUAGUGUGGUAGUGUUGUGAGUGGUCUAUUAUUUGCAGUAAAUUCCUUUGCAGGAUGUGUCAUUUGAAUUAACAUUCAAAUUAAGUCCUCAGUGAGGUAAUUUGCUCCUGUAAGUCGCUCUGGAUAAGAGCGUCUGCUAAAUGACUAAAAUGUAAAUGUAAAUGUAAUGUAAUAAAUAAUUUCAUGGAUUAGUUAAACUCAGCCUCUCUUGGAAUGUAACUUAGUUUGUGUCUUUUGGGCUUAUAGUCAACAUGAUAUUUAAGAGGUGGAAACUAUCGUUAUUUAUGUCACUUCAAAAUUCACAGAAGCUAGAUAUUUAUCCUUAGUAGUCCUAAAUCACUGCCUCAUCCAGGCUACUGUAUCUUCUUCAUUCUACUGAAACGAAAGAUACACAGACCACUGGCGCCCUCCAUUGGUAACACACAAUACUGGGAACAACUGCACAUGAAACUUGUAUUAGGGACAGAUCGAAAUUUACUGGUGGGGAGGGGCUAGUCCAACUAAAGGUGUCAUAAAAUAAAUUGAACACCCUAGAAUUAACAACGAAUAACAAUAACCGUAGCGACCCUGUGUUUAUAAACGUGGAUAUCAACUUUGCCACUUCUGUAUGCUUUUGUGGCACAGUCGAUUCCACGCAGGGCUAUGGGCCAGAAGGUUGAGGGUUCACCGCUACCACAGACGA